GGUUGAUGUCGCCGUGGUAUAACUUGUUUGGUCCCUUAGAAACAUAGCGGGCUUUUGUGUCAUUAAACCAUACGUCUCUACCUCGGCGACUCUGAGCGUCACCAUGGCUCCAUGAUAUGAGGGGUCCGCCGUCCGUCCGCUAGAUAGACUCACCUUAUCAUCACUGCUAUCAAAUGGCCCACUGGAAAGAGGAGUACUCCGCCGCGCUGGCGGCUCGUGAUCGACGAGAGAAAGCCAGCAUAGCUAUCUACGAUGCUUAUACCCAACUGGCCGAUCGCACGGUUCACAUAGGAGCAACGGCUAGCAACCCACAGAGAUCAGAUCCGGUUGAAGCGCAGCAUGUGCCAUCCGACACUUCAGCAUCCCGCUCCAGCAAAGCGCCGACAGGAGCAGGCGCACAAGACCCAUCUUUACAAGAGACUCUCCUAGCAACACGUGCCGAUCUGGCAGAGGCACAGCGGUCACGCUCCGAACUGCAGGACCAGCUCACACGCAUGACCACAGACUUAGAGAAGCUGCGGAAGAGAAGCACUCAGGAUAGCAGACGGAUCCGCUUAUUCGAAACCGAGAUUGCUCAUCUUCAACUACGUUUGAAGGAUCGAGAUGAAGAGUUGCGUGGGAAGGCAAAGCUACUGGAGGAUUUCCAAGACGAGCUGGCAUCGUUGAAUCUUCAACUGAAUAUGGCUGAAGAACGGUCAUCCCGACUGCAGAAAGAGAACCAAGAUCUCGUUGAUCGCUGGAUGGCUAGAAUGGGUAGGGAAGCAGAAGCCAUGAACGCUGCCUCUGAGUUCUCAUAGAGACGGCUACACGACGAACCGACAGGACCGUGAUUUCCCCCGCCUGGUACGGGAUGGCCUAACGAUAUAUAAGACUUUCGUAGAAUACAUAUUAUAUCCAAAUGAUGCUGUGUCUGUCAGAGGCACACGAGCAGAAGCUAUGAUUCUCAAGAAAUGCCAUUAUCUACUAUGUUCUAUCAUCUCAC